AUGUCGACCUUAUCAGCGAUGGAAAGUGGCUCGACGGCGUCUAGCUCCCCUUCCAACUCACGGCCAAGUUCGAUACACUUCUUUGACAAAUCAAGCCGGGGAACACAAGCUCGCAAGACAUAUCUCAAGGUAUUCAUCUCAGGGACAGUCUUGGUAACCUUGAUGAUCUUCGGUAUUCUGUCGAUAUACUGGGGUGCACUAUGGAAGGUGCCUGCUAGGAAUUUGGAAGGAUGGGUCGUAGACUUCGACGGUGGCUUCAUAGGCGAGGCCACGGUACACGCGCUCACCACGACAGCGUCACAGCAAGGUCGAAUAACGUGGAUACGUCAACCUGCUAGCUCGUUUCCGGGAGGCCUCGAGGACCUAGCGCAUAGUCUAAGGGAGGAGCACACAUGGGCUGCAAUUGCCAGUGAGCAAGCAUUUGAAAUAACGUCCAAUGCAUGUCCAAUUCACGUUUCCUCUGAAGUCCCUCCAGAUUCGAGCUCUCGACUUCAGGCAGCGCUCGAGGCCCCUACCCAGACGUACGAUGGAUCAAGAGCAAUAAUCGCAUACGGUGUAGAAGCGCGAAACGAGAACGCAUUUCGAACCCUAAUCCGACCCUCCAUUGAAUCAGCUCUGCACUCCCUCUCUCGUCAACUCGCUCAAGAGGUUAGCUCGCAGGCUGCGGUCAACCUUUCAUCUACCGCCUUACAGAACCUGCUACGAAAUACACCUCAAACCCUCGUAGCCCCAGUAGGAUUUACUAUCGAGAACCUCAUUCCAUUCGACCAACCUGUUGCGACAGCUGCUACGUUCGUCGGAAUGCUCUUACAACUCGUAUUAAGCUUCUUCAUCGUGAUGACAGCUCUGGGAGCAAGAGAGGCGUCCCAGUACCAACACACUCUGUCAACGCCUCGACUCAUUCUUCUCCGACUUGCAUCAGCUUUCGGCGCAUUCUUCUUCGUUUCGCUCAUGUAUUGCCUCCUCAACCUUGCUUUCCAGAUCGACCUGAACCGAAAAUACGGACAUGGUGGAUUCAUGGUAUUCUGGAUGGUCAACUUUGUCGGCAUGCUGUCAACGGGAUUAGCCAUCGAAUCCAUGAUCACGCUGCUCACGCCCAAGGGGAUCCCGUUCUUCUUGUUACUCUGGGUCAUCGUUAACCUUUCGGUGUCCAUCUUCCCUAUCGAAGUCCUUCCCGUGGUCUACAGAUACGGCUACGCAGUUCCUUUCUACAAUAUGUCUAAAGCUCUCCGAACGAUUGUGUUUGGGACUAAAAAUCAUAUUGACAAGACAUUCGGCAUCCUCAUCGCAUGGAUUGUCAUUUCCUGCAUCACCCUCCCUCUUUUCCAGUGGUUCGUCCGUAGGAAGCCAACGAGCGAACCCAAGAUCACCACUCGUUCCAACGAGGAUGAACUUGAAGAUCGCCCGUUUCGCGAAGAGAAGAAGCACAACGUAUUGAAUGAUGUCCAAGCCGACUUUCAGGAGUCCAGGGAAUCCGAAGACAAAGGAAGACCAAGAAUAACUUCAACUCCCCACUAA